GGUUAGCUUACGAAGCAAAGCUGUAUCUUUGAAUUCCUGUUUGCUAACCAUCCUCGUGACAGGAUAUUUCUCUCUUGGACAGUAUUCAUAAAUUCAGGGGUCCCUUAAAGGGACAGUUUCCUCUGCCCUUCUUUUCAGCCGGGCAGCUCCCACGACCUUGGACUAAGUGGAGGGGCAGCCCAGACAAGGCUGCCCUCGUUCUUGUGCCCCGUCCUCCUUUUCCAACCGCCCGUGGGCCAUGAGGCUGCCCCUACUUCUGGCUCUUCUCUCUGUCAUUCCAGUUGGGGCGCAGCUAUCAGACAGUAAGCAAUUCUUGAUAUACAAUGAAGAUCAUAAGCGUUGUGUGGAAGCCAUAAGUCCCAGUGCAGUUCAAACAGCGACCUGCAACCCACAAGCUGAAUCUCAGAAGUUCCAAUGGGUGUCUGAGUCACGAGUUAUGAGCGUUGCUUUCAAACUGUGCUUGGGAGUGCCAUCAAAAACAGACUGGGUGCCCAUCACUUUGCAUGAGUGCAACACAGAGAGUGAGUUUCAGAAGUGGGAGUGCAAAAAUGACACACUUUUUGGCAUCAAGAAUAAAGACUUAUUUUUCAAUUAUGGCAAUAAACAAGAGAAAAAUGUCAUGCUCUACAAGGGAUCUGGUUUAUGGAGCAGGUGGAAGAUCUUCGGGACCACAGACGACUUGUGCUCCAGAGGCUAUGAAGCUAUCUAUUCACUAAAUGGCAAUUCAAAUGGAGCCGUCUGUGCAUUUCCAUUCAAGUUUCAAAACAAGUGGUACGCGGAAUGUACAACUGCUGGGCGGUCAGAUGGCAAUCUCUGGUGUGGGACGACCACGAACUACGACGUCGAUAAGCUGUAUGGAUUCUGCCCAUCGAAAUUGGGUGGUGGGAACUUUUGGACAAAAGACCCACUGACCAGCAUUCUGUACCAGAUCAACGCUGAGUCUGCUCUUACAUGGCAUCAGGCGAGGAGGAGCUGCCAGCAACAGGAUGCUGAGCUCUUGAGCAUCACCGAGAUUCAUGAGCAGAUGUACCUGACAGGAUUAACAAGCACCUUGACCUCAGGGCUGUGGAUUGGACUUAACAGUCUGAGUUUCAACACUGGUUGGCAGUGGAGUAGUGGCAGUCCAUUCCGCUAUCUGAACUGGCUACCAGGAAGUCCAUCAGCAGAACCUGGAAAGAGCUGUGUGUCACUCAACCCUGGAAAAAAUGCUAAAUGGGAAAACAUGGAGUGUGCUCAUAAACUAGGCUAUAUUUGUAAAAAGGGCAACAGUACUUUGAAUUCUUUUAUUAUUCCCUCUGAGACUGACGUGUCUGUUAAAUGUCCUAACCAGUGGUGGCCAUAUGCAGGCCACUGCUACAGGAUCCACAGAGAGGACAAGAAGAUCCAGAGGCAUGCUUUGCAAGCCUGCCGGAAAGAAGGCGGUGACCUUGCAAGUAUCCACAGCAUAGAGGAAUUUGACUUCAUUAUCUCUCAGCUAGGAUAUGAGCCCAAUGAUGAGCUGUGGAUUGGUCUCAAUGACAUCAAGAUUCAAAUGUACUUUGAGUGGAGUGAUGGGACUCCUGUAACUUUCACCAGAUGGCUUCGUGGAGAGCCAAGCCACGAGAACAACAGGCAGGAGGACUGUGUGGUGAUGAAAGGACAGGAAGGGUACUGGGCAGAUAGGGCCUGCGAGCAGUCACUUGGUUACAUUUGCAAGAUGAAAUCACAAGCCCAUGUUCCCGGAUCAGAGGAGGCAGAAAAGGGCUGCCAGAAAGGCUGGAAAAGGCAUGGUUUUUACUGUUACUUGGUUGGCCACACACUGUCAACAUUUUCAGAAGCAAACCAAACAUGCCAGAGUGAGAAGGCUUAUUUAAUAACUGUUGAAGACAGAUAUGAACAAGCAUUCCUGACUAGUUUGGUUGGAUUGAGGCCUGAAAAAUAUUUUUGGACAGGACUUUCAGAUGUCAAAAGCAAAGGGACCUUUCAGUGGACUGUAGAAGAGCAAGUUCAGUUCACCCACUGGAAUGCAGACAUGCCAGGACGAAAGACAGGAUGUGUUGCCAUGAGAACUGGAAUUGCUGGAGGCUUGUGGGAUGUUUUGAAAUGUGAUGAAAAGGCAAAAUUUGUAUGCAAGCACUGGGCAGAAGGAGUAACUCGCCCACCAGAACCCACCACAACUCCUGAACCCAAAUGUCCGGAGGAUUGGGGUACCAGCAGUAAAACCACUUUGUGUUUCAAGCUGUAUGCAAAAGGAAAACAUGAGAAGAAAACAUGGUUUGAAUCGCGAGACUUUUGCAGAGCUCUGGGUGGAGAACUGGCUAGCAUCAAUAACAAAGACGAGCAGCAAACGAUAUGGCGGCUCAUAACGGCCAGUGGGAGCUAUCACGAGCUGUUCUGGUUGGGGCUGACUCAUGGAAGUCCUUCAGAGGGUUUCACCUGGAGUGACGGUUCUCCUGUUUCAUAUGAAAACUGGGCAUAUGGAGAACCUAAUAACUACCAAAAUGUUGAAUUCUGUGGUGAGCUGAAAGGUGAUCCUGGCAUGUCCUGGAAUGAUAUUAACUGUGAGCACCUUAACAACUGGAUUUGUCAGAUACAAAAAGGGAAAACACUACAACCUGAGCCAACACCAGCUCCUCAAGACAAUCCACCGGUCACAGCAGAUGGGUGGGUUAUCUACAAAGAUUCCCAGUAUUAUUUUAGCAAGGAGAAGGAAACCAUGGAUAAUGCACGGGCAUUUUGCAAGCGGAAUUUUGGUGAUCUUGUUUCCAUCAAAAGUGAAAGUGAAAAGAAGUUUAUAUGGAAAUAUGUAAACAGAAAUGGUGGCCAGUCACCAUAUUUUAUUGGCUUGUUGAUCAGCUUGGAUAAGAAGUUUAUUUGGAUGGAUGGAAGCAAAGUGGAUUAUGUGGCCUGGGCCACCGGUGAACCCAAUUUUGCAAAUGAUGAUGAAAACUGUGUAACUAUGUAUACAAAUUCAGGGUUUUGGAAUGACAUUAACUGUGGCUUUCCAAAUAACUUCAUUUGCCAGAGGCAUAAUAGCAGCAUCAAUGCCACAGCAGUGCCCACCGUGCCCCCCCGCCCUGGUGGCUGUAAGGAAGGCUGGAAUUUAUACAAUAACAAGUGUUUCAAAAUCUUCGGAUUUGUUGAAGGAGAAAGAAAAAAUUGGCAAGACGCACGCACAGCUUGCAUAGCGCUUAAAGGAAACCUGGUGUCCGUGCAGAACGAGAAAGAACAAGCAUUUCUUACCUAUCAUAUGAAGGACUCUGAUUUUAAUGCUUGGACUGGGAUGAAUGAUAUCAAUCAGGAGCACACAUUUCUUUGGACAGAUGGACGAGGAGUUCAUUAUACAAACUGGGGGAAAGGCUACCCUGGAGGGAGAAGGAGCAGUUUGUCAUAUGAGGAUGCUGACUGUGUUGUUAUUAUUGGAGGCAAAUCACACGAGGCGGGGACCUGGAUGGAUGACGCCUGUGACAGUAAGCGAGGCUAUAUUUGUCAGGUGCCCUCUGACCCUUCCUUGCCUGUUCCUCCAACGAUAGCUCCAGCAGAUGGCUUUAUUAAAUAUGGUGAAAGCAAUUAUUCCCUCAUCAAAUCAAAGUUGCCAUGGCAUGAAGCCGAGAAAUAUUGCAAAGUGCAUUCAUCCCGUAUUGCUAGCGUUCUAGACCCCUACAGCAACGCAUUUGUGUGGAUGCAGCUGCUCCCAUUCAACGUACCUGUGUGGCUCGCCCUGAACGGUAACUUGACCAACAAUGAGUACACUUGGACUGAUAAAUGGAGGAUGAGGUACACCAACUGGGGGGCUGACGAACCCAAGUUGAAGUCAGCGUGUGUUUAUAUGGAUGUGGAUGGCUACUGGAAGACAUCACACUGCAAUGAAAGCUUUUAUAUUCUCUGCAAAAAGUCAGAUGAAAUUCCUGCAACAGAACCUCCACAGCUGCCUGGCAGGUGUCCAGAGUCAGAGCAGAAUGCUUGGAUUCCUUUUCACGGCCACUGCUAUUACAUCGAAUCUUCAUUUACAAGGAACUGGGGACAGGCUUCUUUGGAAUGUCUUCGAAUGGGUUCUUCCCUGGCUUCCAUUGAAAGUUCUGCUGAAUCCAGUUUUCUGUCAUAUCGGGUUGAACCUCUUAAAAGUAAAACCAAUUUUUGGAUAGGCAUGUUUAGAAAUGUGGAAGGCAAGUGGCUGUGGAUAAAUCAAAGUCCUGUCUCCUUUGUCAACUGGAACACAGGAGACCCCUCUGGUGAACGAAAUGAUUGUGUGGUUUUAGCUGCUGCUUCUGGGUCUUGGAAUAACAUCCACUGUACUUCCUAUAAAGGAUUUAUCUGCAAAAUGCCAAAACUUGUUGAUGCUGAACCUACCCAGGCAUUAAUCACAACAAAAGCUGAGAUGGUGGUGCCUUCCAAAUCGUCUUCCAGAGUGACAGGAGUGGUCAUUGUGAUUCUCCUGAUUCUGGCAGCUGCUGGUUUCGCUGCCUUUUUCUUUUAUAAGAAGAGGCGUGUGCACAUACCUCAAGAGAGCACAUUUGAGAACACUCUCUAUUUUAACAGUCAGUCCAGCCCAGGCACAAGUGAUACAAAAGACCUCAUGAGCAACAUUGAACAGAACGAGCAUGCAGUCAUCUAGUACAAUAAUGUGAUGUCCUUGUAUUUGAAUUUCAUAAAAUUUUAAGUAAAAUGUAAAAUUUGUUAAUUCAGUGUGAUUGUUUCUUUUAGGAAAUAAUAUUGGGUUGUGCUGGUCUGUCCCUUUUCUUUGCCUAAUUGAAACAAUAAUCUCAUUUUCUAGCCUGGCAAGACAUUUUUACAAAGAGAUGUACUGACGUUGGUUACCGCAAUUUAAAGUAUCCUAGGUGAAUACUCAGCACUGCGAUGCCAGUGCUGCAGCACCGUGGGUGGGUUGCCUGUGCCAACUUCAUGCUUAUAACAAGAGCUUUACAAAUAACCAACUAGGCCUUUUGGGAUGUUUUAAGGAUUUCCCAAAGAUAGGCCAUGCAAUGAAUCGUAAUUCAACAAUAAGUCCAUUUUAAAAAUAAGCGUGAAUAACCUCAAGGGCAUUAAACAUGUAGCCAGUUUCAGUUGUACAGUAUCAGUUUCAUGCCAAGUAAUGAGUACAAUAUGGCUGUUAGGAAUCUUGUUUUCUCCAGUAAGGUUUGAUAGGCUGAAUCUUGCAGAUACAUUAUUUUUCCUGUUAUGUGAAUAUCAGGCAGUCAGUGAUGUUGAAUAAAAAUAUAAAUUUGCAUACUUGAAUGUACUUAGAUAAUAUGAAAUAAACAGUAAAGACAACAUAUA